GGCAUAAUGGUAUGUCCAUUGUUAUACAAAUUCAUGUAUUUAUAAAAGUUCUAUUACUUUACACGAUUUUUUGUUAAUUUUUUAAAUUUCCUUUUCAAAGUCAUAUCAUUGCAUGAUGAUAUGAUUGGUGGUAUGAUUUUCACAAAAUGGAUAGUCGCUUUAGGAACACCCGGUACAUUCUGAGAAAUAAAUGACUGCGUAUACGCAUCACGUGAUCGCACUGAGAAUAAAAGGCUUAGUUAGUACGAGACUACGUAAUUUAUACUAUACUAGCAGACUGAUUAGGCUGUAAACGAAAUUUAUUGUUAUAAAAGCUUGGCCUGAUAAUGAUUUCUCUAUUUCAGUUCUCUUUACAUGUUCAAAAUUCUAACAUUAUAUGCAGUUAUACUUAUUCGUAUACUCGUCGCGAGAAAUUAAAAAGUCAUAAUCGCCUAAUCAUUCAAUUAUGCAAUGCAAUUAGAUAAUGCAUUACAACGAAUUUAUAAGGAUGAGCUGCUGUUACUACUAGUAAAAUAGUGGAUAUAUUAAAUUAUUCGUCGCAUUUGUGUUGUGGAAACAAUAUAUAUUUGCGUUUGUUUUGAUAUCUGUUUAUUUACUGAACAUACAACAUACAUAUUUAUAUCAAGCAAAUGAUAUAAUAUCCAGUAUAUUUUGCAUUAUAUUGAUGCAAAUAAUUUUUUGAUUAUUCUCUUUAUAUAUUUUAUGUUAAUGAAACAAUUUUUUUAAUGAGAUUACGAAAAUGGUGUAUUACACCAAAGAUAAUAUUUUAAAAGAAGCUGUUAUCCAAAUAUGUGCUGGAGGAUCAGCAGGUUUUAUUGAGGUUUGCAUAAUGCAUCCAAUGGAUCUUAUUAAAACACGUUUUCAGCUUCAAGUGAAGACAGCAAAGAUAGAUCCAUUGUAUUAUACAGGAAUUUGUGACUGUAUGACUAAAAUGUAUAAGACUGAAGGAUUACCGGCAUUUUGGAAGGGAAUUUUACCCCCGAUAAUUGUAGAAACUCCCAAACGCGCAGUUAAAUUCUGUACAUUUGAGCAAUAUAAACAAUUUUUUUUAUUCGGCGCCAAUGCACCUACUCCAUUGACAUUUUCAUGCGCUGGUUUCUUGGCUGGUGCUACAGAGGCUAUAUUAGUCAAUCCUUUUGAGGUGAUCAAAGUAAAACUACAAUCUAAUCGAAAGCAUAUCAAAGAAAGCCCAUCAACUUUUGUAAUGACGAAAGAAAUAAUUUCAAAAUAUGGUUUUGGUUUAAAUGGUCUGAACAAGGGGCUUUCAGCCACUAUAAUGAGGAAUGCGGUGUUUAAUUCAUUUUAUUUCGGUUUUUAUCAUUCUGUUAAAGAAUGUGUACUAGUUAAAAAAGAACCUUGGUUGGAAUUUUUUACUAAGUUUAUUAUAGGAUUUGUAUCAGGCAGUAUUGCUUCCUGUUUAAACAUACCAUUUGAUGUUGCCAAAAGUCGCAUUCAGGGAUCACAAGAUGGCACAAAGUAUAAAGGAACAUUAAAUACCAUGUACAUUAUUUACAAGAGAGAAGGAUUCAUAGCAUUAUACAAAGGCCUAGUACCAAAAGUAUUACGAUUAGGUCCAGGUGGUGCUAUUAUGCUUGUAGUGUAUGACUACAUGCAUGCAUUUCUUACAAAAAAGUUCAAAGAUUAAUUUUUAUAUAUUUUGAAAAGUUAUGAGAUAACUAUAAAUUAUUCUCUAAGAAGAUGCAUUUGAUAUACAUGCACAUAUAGAAAAUAAGGAGUCAUAUAAUUUCAUAUUCUGUGUGUUAAAAAUAAAUUUUCUUUUAUAAUA